AUGCGAGGCCAGGCUUUGGAGAGGUUUCCGACUGGUGGUGACGGCUUGGAAGUGGUUUCCGGCAGCGGUGGGUUUGCUGGUCCAUUAGGGUUUUUGAGUUUAAAGAAGAGGGAAGAUGUAGCUGGUAAAAGAAGCAGAGCAUGGAUGGUGGCCGGAACUGUCGGAGUGGUGGAAGCCCUCAAAGAUCAAGGCGUUGCACGAUGGAACACCACCAUCAGGACCAUCCACCACCACGCUAAGUCCAAUCUCCGAUCAAUCGCCCAGGCCAAAAUCUUGACUUCGCCGGCGGCCAUGGCUUCUAGCAAAGACAUGGAAGAGAAGGCGAAGCAAUCAGAAGAAUCAUUGAGAAAAGUAAUGUACUUGAGCUGUUGGGGUCCAAAUUAA